AUGGUUGUCGGCAAGAGUCGAGAUGGGGUACCCACAUGGAGUGGUGACCCAUCAACUUGGGAUGAGUACAGGAGGGCUGCCCUUUUGUUCGUGGAGACGACCAAGUGGUCAAACAGAUAUUUAUGCGGCCCACGUUUGGCUGCCGAACUGUCUGGCGCCGCAAAGGCCUCCAUUGUUGGCAAGAAGUCCACCUGGCUCUCCCAUGACAAGGGAGUGCACCGGCUGCUACAGCACCUUCAGGAGGCUAUUUCGGAACCUGUUCUUCCCGAGGUGGGAAAUGCUUUGCGUACAUACUUCAAAUCUCUGAGGCGCAAGCGUGGUGAGUCGAUGACCGGCUUCUGCGUGAGACACAGGGAGGAGUAUGAGAAGGCAUGCCGGGCCCUGACUCGUAUGAUGGGGAGUCAGAAGCCCGACCUUGGCAAGAACAUGUUCCCAAAGAACGCCUCAAGGCGCAGCAGCUGGGGAACUUUGGGAUACAACACCUCAGGGCCGGAGAGGCCGCCGGGCGCAAAUGCCGCCCCAACUUCGUCACCUGCACCUGCUGCUUCGGCCUCAGGCCCCACCACAGACUCUGGCGAGGCAGGCCUUGACACAGAGGCCCCACAGCCUCCUGGGGAAGACUCCUGGGAGACGUGGGCUCGAGAGAACCGAGACGACACGUGGAGCCAAGGAGGUCACAGCUCGUGGAGCCGCUGGGGCCAGUGGAGCUGGCACAACGAGUGGUCAGGACACCAGUGGCAAGCCGAAGCCUCCGACACGGAGGAUGAAGAGCCUUUGAUAGAAGUUCUUCCGGACGUCAUCAAAGGUUGGCUCCUGCUUGAAAAGGCAGGGUUGGACACGCUUGAGAAGAGCAUCAUCCAGUCCGACAUCAAGUCCCAGUUCACACUGCUCAACGUGGAGAACUCCCUUCGUGCUCACUGGACGGACGAACAGAUCCGGCGACGUGAUGGCGAGACCCGUGCUCAGGCGAACUUCGAGGACUUCGAUGACGAGGAUGAUGUUCCACAAGGUGUGCCUUCAGGUUUCUUCGAGAACUGGGACGAGGAGGACGUGAUUCUCUUCCAGUCGGCUCAGCAGGCUGAGGCCGAUGCAUGGGCCCAAAUCCAGCAGGGACGUCGCACCUUGAGAGAGGCGCGAGAGCGCCAAAAGGAGGUGCGCCUAGGCAGGAAGUUCUACACCGGCAAGGGCCAGGGCAAGUUCAGUGGCGCAAGCUCUUCAGGGCCGGCGCGAGGUGGUCAGAACCACUCUGGAAGCUCUGGAGAAGGUCCUUGCCUCCGCUGUGGCAAAGCUCACUCGACAAGAAACUGCCCCCAGAAGGCCGAGAAGUCCGACAAGAGCACUUUCAAGGCCGAGGUCGAUGCUGAGUCCGAGUUCAUCUUCUAUGCUGAGGCCGAGACCUUGUUCGGCGACAGCAUGCCGCAGGAUUCCGAGGCCAUGUCGGCCAUGUCCCAGGGCAAGAUGACGACUCAGCAGGCCAUGAAGGCCGGGUACGGGGUCUUGGAUCCCGGCGCCACACGGACUAUGGGGUCCAUAGAGGCCCUGGAGCAUGCCCGCAGCAUUCACAUGCAGCAGCACCAGCAGGACAACAUCACCAGCGUCAACACCGAGGAGCGGCCAACCUUUGGUUUUGCUGACUCCAAGACAGCACGCUGCAGUUCGACUGUCCUGAUGCAGAUGCGAGUGGCCGAGCAGAAUAUGAAGUUGAGGGUGCACGCGCUUGACAAGGGUUCUGACAAGAUGACUCAAGGGGUCAAGGUUCCAAGCGCUCUGACAAAGAAGGAGUGCCUUGCGGAGCUUCAGGCCUUUCAGGUGGUGGUGUCUUCAGACCUCACGAUCCAGGAGCUCCGGUUCAUGGUCAAGCAGACGCGCAUCCAGGAGGGUCUCAUGGAGGACCGCAAGGGCAACAAGACCACCAUGAUGUCCAUGAUCGAGCAGGCAUCCCUGGCCGGCCUCAGGAAGCUGGCCAGCGAGCACAAGGUCGGGUUCCCUUCAUCCAUGGAACACGGAGCACUUCGACUUCACAUGCGUCAGUGGACAAUCCGCUCAGCACCGGAAAAGACCAUCGUGCACUUCGGCAAGCACAAGGGCAAAAGCCUCGAGGCGAUUUGGAACAACGAUGCUCAGUACGUCGAGUGGUGUGUGAAGGAGGCUGCUUCCAAGAAGGAGGCCAAUGCGGUCGACAAGUCAUUGCCCCCAACGAGUCUGGCCUUCAUCAUGGAGCUGGACGACGACAUGUUUGUGGUGAAGCCCGAGGAGGAGACGAAGGCCGUCCCCACGAAGAAGGCGGCUGCUGUGCUCAACUUGAGGGGCUACCAGGCCGCUUCAUCGGAUGCUCCCCCGACAGAGUCUCAGGAGGAUCUGCAAAAGCAGGUGGCCAUGUUGCGUCAGGAGCUUCGUGCCUUGAAGGAGAGUCAGGGUUCGGAUGUGCCCACGCCUCGCCGCCUUGCCAACCUGGAAGUCAACACCCAGCGGGGGAAGGUGAUCCAGAUGGAUGCUGGAUGGUGGGCCCCGAAUGCUGAUGAUGCCCGUAACAAGUGCCAGUUUGUGAUGCUCAUCGAUGAGGCCAGCAGGUUUGCUGUGGGGAGGAGCCUAGUGCCUCACAUGAAGCGCUCCUUGCACAGGCCAUACGAACAUGGAACCAAAGGGUCUGAGAAGUUGCGCCAGAUCAGUGAAAAGGCCUUUGUGGACUGGCAGUAUCGUGAGAAACUGUCACGGGCGCGCAACUCCAAAGUCAAGGACUACUCCAUGUUCAUGCCAGGUGAUCUCGUCUUCUUUUGGAGGCUUCAGGGGAAGUCACGACAGGGAGGUUCCGGCGGCAUCAAGAAAGGUGCAUAUGCGGGGCCCGCCCGCAUACUCGCCAUGGAGACACGACAUCGCCAAGGUCAAGUGAUGCCAGGCUCUUCAGUGUGGUUGGUCAGGGGCAUGCGACUAAUCAAAGCAGCGAUUGAGCAACUUCGCCCUGCCACAGAGAGAGAGACAUUGGUUCAUGAGCUCACCACCAAGGAGACGACCGGCCCAUGGACAAUGACACGCCUCACGGACGACCUGGGACCACACGACUAUGACGACGUGACAGCCGACGGAGCUCCGCCUGAAGAAGCAGACCCAGACGAGGUCGACAUGGAGGUCAACAGUGAUGAGGAACUCAUUCCUGAUCCUCCAGCACCUUCACAUCGCCUCAGAAGCAAGCGGCCUUUGACUUCAGGAGGGGAUGAUAGGAAUCCCCGCGUUGGAGUGCCCCCUCAUGAACGGCACAGAGCAGCUUGGACGUCAGAUUCCCUGAUGAGUCUCCCUUGUGAGGCUCCUUGGCAAGAAGACAUCCAGAGCUCUUGGUGGUCGUCCACGACGUCCGCCCGUUGGGAGGACAAGAGCUACGCAGUAGAGAUCACUUUGGACAUCCCUACUACCUCCAACAAGCAGAAGCAGUUUGUGAGAGAUCCAGCCCAGUACUUUGCGAAGGCGAUGAAACGGAAGGGCGUGGAGGUCUUCGAAAAGCACAUGUCGCCACAAGAGAAAGAGAACUUCUCGGGCGCAAAGAGUGCUGAGGUCAAAAAGUACUUGGCGGCAAAGGCCCUGGAGGCUCUUCCUCCAGACAUGCGCCCGGACAAGACCCAGGCACUUCGGAUGCGGUGGGUGCUGACCUACAAGCAGGAUGACUCCGGCAACAAGUCCCCGAAGGCGAGAGCAGUGAUCCUCGGGUUCCAAGACCCGGAUUACUCCAACAGGCCGACAUUCGCACCGACGAUGACCCGGACAAGCCGUCAGUUGCUCCUACAAUUUUGUGCAUGGAAACGACUCACUUGCUGGAAGGGAGACGUGUCUUACAGGGCAUGUUACGGCUUGGUCGAAGCACCGAUCGAGUGGUAUGAAACGGUGAACACCUUUCUGCACUCCAUCGGGUACAGACAACUACGAUCGGACCCCUGCACAUGGAUCUACGAAGAGAACCAACAAGUCAUCUCUAUCAUCAGCGGGCACGUUGAUGAUUUUCUCUUUGCAGGAAGGCCAGAAUGCUCUACCUGGAACAAGCUCAAGGACCUCAUCCAGAAAGAGUUUCGCUGGCAGGAAUGGGAAGAAAACAACUUCACACAGUGCGGUGUCACGGUCACUCGGAAUCAGGAUGGUUCCUUCGACCUCAGCCAGAAGCACUAUGUAGAGACCAUUCCGGAGAUUCAGGUGAACAGGGACCGCCGUCGCCAGAAGCACGAGCCCACUACAGACUCAGAGAAGAGCCAACUUCGCGGACUCCUAGGAGCUCUCAGCUGGCAUGUGGGUCAGGUGGGCUACAAGUACAGCGCUCACGUGAGCCUUGCACUCUCCGAAGUUCCUCGCAGCACGGUGGAGAACCUCGAGCAGGCCAACAAGCUCCUGUUUGAAGUCAGACGUGAAGCUCGUGUGCCAAUGCGGAUCCACGCAUUUUCGCCCGAGGAACGACUUUGCUUGGUGGCAUGGGUGGAUGCCAGUCCUCAAAACCGGCAUGAUGGCAGUUCUACCGAGGGGAUUUUCAUAGGCAUGGCCCCACAGGACAUCGUAGAUGGUGCGGUGUCUCGAGUGUCGCCCAUGUUUUGGAAGUCCGGCAAGAUAGAUCGCACAUGCCGCUCCCCUGGGAGCGCAGAGGCGAGAGCAGCCAUUGAUGGGGAAGACAACCUUCAUCUUCUCCGCUAUGCUUGGGCAGAGUUCAAUGGUCUUCAAACGGAUGCUUGGAACCCCGAAGCGCUGGUGAAGCAAGUGUUAGGAGGGGAUGCAAGAGUUUGCACUGCAGGAGCAAAGCUCUUCGAGGGAGAGCAGCUGUGCGCAUAG